GGGUUUGGUUUGGGUUUGGUGUUGUUUUUGUUGGGCUGGUGGUGGUGGUGUUGUUGUUCUUGAUGACGUUGGUACUGACCUUGGUGUUGGCACGUUGGUGUUGUUGUUGUUGUUGUUGUUGGGUAUUCUCGUUCUUGCACACCAGGAGGCGAGGAAACGAACAGUCUUCUAAGUACUUGUUGGUAAGAAGAGGCGUGUGUGAUGGGGUGAUGUUCUGUCCAGUGUGCAGGCUGUGCGGUCUGAGGAUUCUGCUCUGUGUCCGCUCCCUCAGAAGGUAGGCGGAGGAUGGCCCUUUUAUGGAAGGAAAUGAAGCACGACGUCUAGAUGUCCAGUAUAGAAGUCACGG